CUAGUAUCAUCUUCUAUCAUAAAGAUCAUUUUGAUACCAUAAACUUCUCCAUGUUGUGUCUGUAUGUAGACAGAUUGAAGAUUUUACAAAAAACAUGUUGGAGAUAGAACAAUAUGACAUUUAAUCAUUUUACUGAAUGAUAUUUUAGUUUAAAAUUAGACCGAUGCUUUGUUUUCCAGGAUGUUAGAAUUCUUACCCAAUGAACUCUUGAAAAAGAUAUUUGAGUUUCUUCAACCAACAGACUUUCUAGCUUUAAGCAAAGUUUCAGAUCGAUUCAAAGAAGUUACAAAAAUUAUAGACUGGAGCAUUAUCAAUAUAAGUAACACAUCUUUAGAUGAGGACGACUUAAAGUUGAUCAAAGAAAAGUGUAGAGACUCAGAUGAAUUUUCCAUUCUAGGAACAAACACUUCAUUCGAUAGAGAAGUUGUAUUUGACUUUGAUUUUUACAUAUUUGAUACCUUAACAAAUGGGGAGAAUAUUACAUGGUUAUCAUUAGACUUUUGCCCAGUGUCAACGUUGAUAGUACUGCGACAUUUGCCAAAUAUUGAGAUUUUAAGUCUUUUGCACUGCAAUAAUCUUGUACCAGACGACAUAACCGCAAUACGACAUUGCAAUAGAAUUGAACAGUUAUAUAUAUCGCAUACAGGUAUAACGGCUAUAUCACUUCUGGACGUGUUAUGUCGUGAACGCUUUGAGAAUCUAUUCUGUAUCGAUUGCCAGGGAAUCGAAUUUACAUUUUUAGAGAUACUUGCAACAACUCAGGUUGUGGGCAAGCUGUACUACUUUGGCCUAAGUUUGUUUCCAACACUGACAUUGCCGAUGUUCAAUAUGCACUUCAGAGACCGAUAUACCCACAUAGACUGGAGAUUGUUCUUAUUGUAGUAAUCAUGAGUUGAUAAACAUCAUGGCAAAGAGCUUGUAGUGUACAUGGAUCAAGACAGCAGAUUAAGACUAUACUCACUAAAAUUAAAUUAAUCUAAAUGCCUGAUGAAAAGGAUGUACCACCUGUUAGGGCCAGGAAAAGACAAAGGGAUAUUGAAAAUUGGAAGUGUAAUAUAAGAAAAAGAUUAAGACAAUC